AUGUCGUAUGCCAUAGAGACACCGACCUCGCAACUCUGGUUGUCUUCCCGGAGGGAUCCAUCCGAUGCAGCCAGAUAUACUGCCCCCGGGGAAGACAGGAUCCUCUCGUACACAAAUCUCAAGCUAGCCCUGAGCCUGGUCCCGCUCCUAUGGAGCAGAUUUGCCCUGCUCUUCUGGCAAGGCGGACAUCGAACCCGACUGCUCGCCUUUGCCCUAUCCAAAAUCCUCAAGGGGUUCCUCCCGGCUGCCAAGAUCUGGGCCUCGUCGGCCUUGUUGGACGAAGUCCAGGCAAGCUUUGGAGCAAGCAAGGAUGAAGAUGUCGACCAGGGCAAGAUCAUCCGGCUUGCAAUAUCAUCACUCGUCAUCUCGGCGGGCAACUCGAUCCUGGAUUUCCUGUCCACGAACAACAAUGUCAUUGUCAAGCAUCACGUUGAUCACCAGGUCGAGAGGCUGUACAUGUCGUCCCAGCUCUCGCUAGACAUCCCCACCUUGUCGGACCCAACCGUAUCGGCUCUCAUCUACGAGGCAGGAUGCUUCGCAGGAUUUGAGAGCAGGACCUCGAGGCCUGGUAUGGGCAGCUCGAUGACGGGCCGGAUGAGAAGCAGACCCGGCGCGUUCUUGACCCUCUCUCAGUUGCUGAACUCGGUCACCCUGUCCGUCGAAGUUGUCACCGCCAGCGCCUUGCUCUUCCGUACCCUCAGUACCGCACUCGAACAAAUGCAGACCCAGACGCACGAGAAAGACCGGGACGCCGUGUCGCUCCUAUUUGGAAUCUCUACCAAAUCCGUCAUCCUCCUCGUCCUCUGUUUCCUGCCCUCCGUAUUAUCCCUGAGUGGUACGCUCUUCUCCCUGUCCGUGCCUCUCAAACCUAAAGGCAAGCUGGCCGCCCCAGGUAAACUGAAGAACAACCCCGGGAUCUCCGAAUCCGAAUCUCACGCGCGCAGGGAGACGGGCUACGAAGUCCAGCACAUGAAGGUUCUGGGCAAGAACGGGAAGUACAAGCAAGAAGUCGUGCUCUUUGGCCUGAAAGAGUGGAUCUUGACGAAAUGGGAAGGACUUGUCAACUUGCAGAUGGAGACCGAGAUGGCCCAUCGGGGGAGGUUGGGGUGGAUGUUGGUCAGCUUUAGGGUCUCAGAGGAGGCGGUACAGACGGCGUUCCUCGCACUCUUGGCUUUGCGGAGUUUCGGUACAUCGAUCUCGCUCGGGUCUAUCCGUCUGUACCAGUCCACCGCCAGCUCCCUACUCGGCUCCCUCCGCAGUCUCACGCGAAGCCUGCAACAAUCGGUCCAAUCGCUGUUCUACAUGGCUGCCUUUUUCGAGGCUAUCGACAUGACUGCGAUUCUCGAAGAAAAGGGUAGAAGGGCCUUGAAGGUCUCGUCGGGCAACGUCGUAGAUUACGAGACGACCCGUCUACCCGGAGGCAUGCGGAUCGAGGCGAGAAAUCUCGGGUUCACUUAUCCUGGUCAGCAGGAGCCGGUGCUGAGGGAUAUCAACCUCGUCGUCGAGCCUGGUUCGACGGUAGCGAUCGUCGGGUUGAACGGUGGCGGCAAAACCACGCUGGUCAAGGUCCUGAUGGGUUUAUACGACCACACGGGCGACCUGCUCAUCAACGGACACCCUGCCGAGGCUUUCCCGUCCAAGCAGUUACACGCGCGUACGACCUGUUGUUUUCAGGAUCACGGCAAGUAUCAGUUGACAUUGCAGGAAAAUAUCGGGAUAGGCAAUGUGGACAUGAUCGACUCUCGGGUCGAUAUCGACCGCGCCAUCGUGAAAGGCGGAGCCGAGUCGGUCAGGGAUAGGGUCGGUCUCGGUGGCAAGCUCGACGACGUCGGAGUUCCCAAAGUCUUGAACGAGACGGUGACGAAAGACGUGCGGAAGGCGCAUGAUGCAGACACACGUCCCUCUGACGACAAGCCGGGGUCGUCGGCUGGUCUGCGUUUUCGCGGACGUGGAAAGGGUUCGACAGCGAGUUCGGACGUGGGAAAGGAUACGCCACCGUCGUCGGCUUCUCAACGCACGUCGCUGUCUGGAGGUCAGUGGCAGCGAGUGGCUCUGGCUCGAGCGUUCCUGAGGGCGGACGAUGCGGACCUGGUAGUCUUUGACGAACCGUCAGCUUCGCUGGAUCCUCAAGCGGAGCAGGCCCUUUUCAAGCGGGUCCACGCUCUGUCUUCGGGAGAAGAUGGUAAACGGACGACCACCAUCUUCAUCUCACAUCGUAUUCAGACGGUCAGACGGGCGGACAAGAUUGUAGUUGUUGAGAAUGGGACGAUCAUCGAGAGCGGGCCUCACGAUGCGCUCAUGGCGAUGAAAGGGCGCUAUGCGGAAUUCUUCAACUUGCAGCGAGAGGGUUUCGACUGA